AUGGGAUCUGUUUCGCCUUCUGCAUCUUUCGCACCUCUUGGAGAGACUGCACUUUUCAAGCCUCUUCAACUGGGAAAAUGGCAGCUGCAGCAUCGCAUUGCCCAGGCACCACUCACACGCAUGAGAAAUGACUUCUCGUCGCGAGGAGUUUACAUCCCAGGACCUCGAGUCGUCAAGUACUACUCAGACCGUGCAACUCCCGGUGGCCUCCAGCUCACUGAGGCUACGGAUAUUUGCCUGGAUGCCAGCGCGUACCCAGGAUGCCCAGGAGUAUUUACUCAGGAGCAACUGGAAGGAUGGCGCAAAGUCACUGACGCCGUCCAUGCCAAGGGAGGCCUUAUCCUGAGUCAACUCUGGCACACAGGGCGGGCCUCAUCAACCGGGAUGCGAGGGGGUAAACAAUGCGUAUCUUCAAGUGAUAUUCCGAUGUCGGGAUCUUACUUGGACGGAAGCUCAUGUGCUGAGAAACCCCCUCGGCCUUUGACAGUGGACGAAAUCCACGAGUUGACUGCUGAGUGGGCGGCAGCAGCAAAGAGAGCUAUCAAUGAGGCUGGGUUCGACGGUAUUGAGAUUCAUGGUGCCAAUGGAUAUCUGCUGGACCAAUUCCUCCAUGACAAUGUCAAUAAGAGGACUGACGAAUAUGGAGGCUCCAUUGAGAACCGAUCCAGAUUCGUUCUGGAAGUCAUAAAAGCAGUUUGCGACGCCGUGGGGGCGGAGCGAGUUGGUAUUCGCCUGUCUCCAUACAAUUACUUUCAGGACACUCGAGACAGCGACCCCAACAAACAUUGGGCAUUCCUGUGCGAGAAGAUUGCCGGCCUGCCUGCAACGCAACGACCUGCCUAUGUUCACAUGAUAGAACCUCGUUUCGAUGAAGUUCUCGAUGAGCAACAGAAGAUGGAGUCGCUUGCUGAGUACACCGCCAGUACCGGAUCAGACACGGCUCCCAUCAAGAAGAACUCAUUGACACCAUUCCGGAAUAUUCUGAAGUCUGGGGGAAUAAGAUUCUUCGCCGCUGGGAGCUUCAACCGCGAAAAUGCAGCACCGAAGGUAGAGAGUGACGAUGCUGAUCUGAUCGUAUUCGGUCGACACUUUAUCGCGAAUCCUGAUCUGGUAGAACGGCUGAGAAGUGGACUCCCGUUGAAUCCAUACGACAGGACCACUUUUUAUGGCGCUGACCCGCCUGAGAAGGGUUAUAAUGACUAUCCAUUUUACGCGGAUAUCAAAAAUUAA